UCGAAACUUAAUACUCUCGGUGAACCGCAAAAUAAAAUAUGUAAUGUGUCCGGAUAGGUUUCAAAAAGAAAGAAAAAUGAUCGCGAUUUCUCAUAAAAUAUUAACAAUUUUUCAUUGUGCACUCGAUACAGUAAGUUUUAGUCAUUCGUUUCGCAAUUUUCGAAUAUUCCCAAUCACUAACUGCUCACGCGCAAACUCGACAGCCUUCCUGAAAGUACAUACGAGUACAUAAAAGCUAUGUGAACACGUAUAUAGAUAAAGUUACCGAAUACCCCAAAUACAUAGAUGUGUAUGUGUGCGUUAUGUAUACGGGAUCUCGAUGUACUGGAUCUACACACGAAAUGAAGUGACAAUGUUUCGAAGAAAUCGUCGCGCACCCGACGACGCGAUUUUACGAAAUUAUUGUGUUAAACCGUGAAGAUGCUUGUAGUGAGUUAAGAAAGUGUGUAAAACAAGGAGAUUUAAAAAUAGUGGAGAAAAAAGAGUUGAGUUUUUUUGUUCCUUAUGCUCUGGUGCUGGUGUGUUCCUUCCUCACUCGCUCUUCUCUCGUGUGCUCGCGAUGCAUUCGAAUGUAAACAUGGCCGACAGCGUGUUGUUGAACCAGUGUUUGUGUAUGCCCACUACGGAUUACUUUAAUCUCAAGUCAUAAUAAUCGAAGAUAAAAAAUAUGCUCACAAAGGACCCAGGCUGGUGUCUGGGCGAGCGAUGAACGUAUUCCGGAUUCUGAUACCGUGCGCGUUGCAGCCGAACGAAGAAAGCGACGACAGUGUCGUCAACUGGCAUAGCGGCGGAGGUUGUUGGUCACUGGCGAGAGGACAAAACAAUGAUUCUCAUAUGACCCAUAGAAUGGGAGCUUCCGCUUCUACUAACUUCCCUGCCAAUGGCGGAGAUCCCGUACAGGCAGCGAGACUUUCCUCUUCUGGAAAUACCGAACAAUUCGGUAUUAUCGUUCGAGAGCGAAAGAAAAGAGUGACGGGCUUCGCGACGUUGCGAAAGAAAUUCAUACGAAGACGUCGCUCUUCGAAAGCCUGCGACCAUGGCCGUGUCAUCAGAGAACUCGUCUCAACGUGGAGUCCUCUCGAAGCUGGAGCCUUGCUCGAAGAAUAUGAAGCCCUCGCAGCCCUCAAGGACUUGCACGUUCAAGCCGAACUCGCUAGACCUCCUGCCACAACCUUCAAACAGGAUCUCUCCACUCUUUACGAUUACAAAUAUUGCACCGACGUUGAUCUCGUCUACAGGGGAGCUUGCUUUCCAGUCCACAGGGCUUUGCUUUCAGCACGAUGUCCCUACUUCAGAGAAUUGUUGGCCGGUUGUCCAGGCUACGGAGCUCGUAUAUGCCUGGACUUGAGAACGCCAAGCCUGGAGGUUCAAAUGUUUUCCGCGCUUUUGCGUUACUUGUACACCGGUGACAUAUGUCCACACGACACGUCGCUCGACACGAAUUUAUUACGACGAUUGGGCGAAGAAUUAGGAACGCCGAAUCUCCUUGAGCAUGAUUUACGGUAUUUAUUGGAUACCGGUGAUUACGCUGACGCGGCAUUGGUGUUCACAUCGGACAGUGAUUAUCAGAGACCGGAUAGCGGAAGUUCCGAGUAUGGCUUUCGCCCGAAACUCGAACUCCCUUGCCACAAAGCUAUUUUGUCCGCUCGUUCGCCCUUCUUUCGCAAUUUGAUACAACGUCGAACGAGAUCCGGGGAGGAUCACACCGAAAGGGCCCUUCACAUACCCACGAGAAUCGUUCUCGACGAGUGCGUCAUACCCAAAAGAUACGCAAGAGUAUUGUUGCACGCUGUGUAUCUUGACACCGUCGAUCUGUCACUUAUUCUUCGUGGCAGCGGCUGUGGCAAUAGCGCUGGAAGCCUUGGCGAGGUUCAAGCAUUGACGCAUACGGGACGAAUGCGACCGAGUCCUCUCGAGGAAGCAAUGGAGCUCUAUCAAAUCGGUAGAUUUCUCGAGCUCGACAUACUCUCUCAGGGAUGCGAAGAUCUCAUUCUCGAGUGGCUCACUCAGGAUUCUCUAGCGACGGUUUUGAGAUGGGCCAGCCAACCACACGGUUCAGCGUGGGUGCACAGACAAGCACUGCAUUUUCUUCGGGAAGAAUUUCAAACGGUCGUUACGUCUCCGAUACUCCACCAAUUGGACCACACCCAUAUGAGCAACGUUCUCCAAAGUCAUUUCCUUCAAGCGAGUGAACUAGAAGUAUUACAAGCUGUAUUGAAAUGGGGUGAACAGGAACUUGUCCGAAGGAUGGAGGAUCGUGAACCCAAUUUGUUGAGUCAUACUGUACACUCGGUGACCCGAAAAGGCGUGAAAAAGCGAGAUCUCAGUGACAUCGAAUUACGUGAAAUACUCAGUGAACUUUUGCCUCUCGUCCGAAUGGAUCACGUUCUUCCGGCCAGCAGUGAAAUAUUGGCACAAGCUAUUAGAAGAGGUCUCGUUUCGACACCGCCGAGUCACAUGAUCGGAGAUGAGAGAGAAAAUCUGCGAAUAAACGCUUGGAUACGAGGAGGCAAGAGGAAUGGUCUGUUCGUGAGGCCUCGAUUAUUCAUGCCUUAUUACGAAGAGAUAAAGGCUCUAGUCGAAGAACAAAUGGUUCAGGAAACCGAAUUAUUGAGAUUACGGAGGGCUCGCUACAUUCCUGAUAUUCCCGACACUCUCUACAUGGUCGAUGAAAAACCAAGGUCGAUGGGGGCAGUCGGGGUGGACGUUCUCUCUGCAGCAUUGCCAGUACCAGACUCGGCCACAAUGUCGGCGAUGCUUAAGCGUGAACAAAAGUUACGACAAUCCCCAAGUUGCCAAAGAGCCGUGAGCUUACCUCUCUCAUCGAGACACGAGAUUAAUCGACAAGUCAGAUUACGCGUCGUGAGAGAAUUCAAUCUGCCGGACGCUGUUGCCGAUCUUCUCGAGAACGCAGCAUGCUACAAUUUAGGAGAGCAAGACGAAAACGUGACAGGCAUGGAGGCCGUGAGUACAGGAAGCAUAAGUAUCAACAACGGCGCUCCAGCUCCUCCGAUGUGUUACGGAAGAAACAUGACAUUUCCACGACAGAAUGCAUCUUAUGGGCUACGACACGAGCUCCCAGCAGUUGUUACAGAAGGAGAGAAUUAUAGACUUCCCGGAGAGCAUCAACAAGAAAACAAUGUUUGCGGUGACGGACAUUUGUCCGGUAUAAUGCCGGACGUGGCAAUGGCGACUGCGUCUUUUGGUGCCCUUCAAUUGGUCGAGCAGCAAGAACUCGAGUUGGAUUUGGGUGACGGUACAUCGCACUUGUUGCAACACGGGCCGGUGUCAAUUGGCACGAUCGGGCCCCAUCAUCCGCUAUUACCGCAUCAACGUCAGAGACACUUCCCAGGACCUCCUCCACCCCCUUACAUGUAUCAUCGUUCAAGCUCCGGUUUGCCGAGAUUCAUUUGAGACGAACUAACUCGGGCGCGAUCUAACGUGAGAGAAUAGCUCUCGCGCCAAUGAUCGUCGUACCGAUUAAGCUAGUUAUCUUGUAACAUGACAAAAAGUCAAGGAUUCCUUUCAAAUUCCUGCUUAGUUAGGAAAGCUCGCAUACCUAGAAGGAUUCCAAAAAGUCAUGAAAAAAAACUUCUUCCGUUGGUAAACAUACAUUUCGAGAAGUCUUCACGGAUCCGGCUUACACGAGAGAGUAAACCACUAAAUUUACUUAUCAAUUUUCUCAAAAAAAUCGACCUUCCUUUAUUGGGUUCGAGGUCUCAGCCGUGGUUGCGUUUUGAGGCUCUUUCUCACGAGCACCGAUUGAACUAAAAAUAUCUUUUUUUCAUUUGUCGAUUUUCCAUUCUCCGUCUCUCUUGUAGUCUUAAUUAUUAUCGUUUUAUCAAAAAUUUUUGAGAUAGAAACGUUCAGAGUAACAGUGGCUUUUGUCGAUUCUCUAGUGAUCUAAUUGAGUGUCCGAAGCUCUCGAAAGGUGGGAAAAUUUCGCAUCAUGCGACCAACGUUCAAUGUGUAAGCUGAAAGUCUGAGAAUGACUUGAUCCUCCUAGGUGUACGUACUUUCUCAAGGGGACAGUGAUGUCUUAUCCCUUCGGAGAUUCCAAAGCGAUCGUGUAUUCAAUGUAUAAAAUCAAACAAUCUGUCAAAACGAAAGGAACGUUCGAACGCGAGCGUGCAGUUCCAGAAUCAUCCCCAUUGGUGACAAAGCCCAUUUUUCCUGACCACUAACAGGAUAAAGUUCUUUAGAUUUAUAGUCAAUAAUUCACAACUUCCUUUAAAACAGCCAUCUUUUGGUGCGAUACAAUGAAUUUUCUUAAUUGUUUUUUAGCGUUUUUCUUCUGGAGAAAUUUUCUCCAGUUAACUCUCGAUCUCGAUUUACUUCACCGUAGAUUAAAGAUUCUUCGCGACAUCCAAAUUUCGUUGUUGAAAUGAUUUGUUUUUGCGGAUAUUAGGAUCAAGGAAGGUCAAAUAAAGUUGCAAAAGAUUGGAAUUGAAAAAGAAAAAUCACUUGCAAAUGUAGCCUCCGAUGCCGGAGGUCUUCAACAAUGAAAAAUACUCGCUACUGAAAUUAUUUACUUCUUGUCAUUCGAAAAUUCAGUGCUCAAAACAAUUUAUUUAAUUUAUCUUACGUCGAUGGAAGAUUCGCGAGUGUCUGAAAGAACGAAAUUUAAUUAUUUAUUCAAAUUUAUUCGAUAGUGGGAAAGUAAAAAAACGAAAUACGAAACGUCACAUGUUUCCCUGUGAUGCAGGAUAUGGACAGUGAAGGAGCUUACUGUUAGGAAAAGAAAAGCACGAGGCGUAAUUCAUAUUGGACCAAUGUAACUAUUGUCAGUUUAAAAUGUAGCGAAACGUAGGAUCAUAUUAAUUGUAAUUUACGCACAUUUAAGGUAUCCUGGGAUGGAUUUACAUACCUUCAGCUUCUGAAAGUCGUGCUCUCAAUCUUUCGUGUUUCCUUCUUUCUUCAUUUCGACUAUUUUUCAUUUUUUCUCAAGACAAAUCCGAUAUCGAAUGAGAACUUUUUCGUUCAUGACGAAAUCGCAUACAACGAAAUGCCAAUGUCAUUGAAAUCAUUUGAAAAAAAAUGCAUAAACUCUUAUCAGAAUGUCAAUCAUCGUUUAUACAAUAUUGCUCGUUUCAUAUUGUUGAAAAUAAGAACCGAGCAAGCAGGCUCGACUUUCAGAAUCCAGUGGAUAUUGCGAACUGCUUGGAAAAUACUUAUGCGAAUAGCAAAUUAGUAGCUCUCUCUCUCUCUCUCUCUCUUUAAAUGAAAAAGAAAAAAAAACGAUGAAGGGUUGACUAAAGUAUGUACCUGUUUGCGGCGAUAUGUCAUCCAUAUCCUUAAGGAGCAUUUUUCUGUUCUCAUCGCUAUUCACUCUCCUACAAUGUAUAACAAACAUUUGAGGCGGUGUAAAUUUUUUUGCUUGAGUCUGAAGCACCGUGCAACGAAUAUUUCCAAUGAUUAAAUCAGCCGCAAUUCUUCGUUACAUAAUAGCCCGAAAAGUCAUCGUUGAAUAAACUCUUCCCGCAAGCUUGCAUCAUUAUAAUUCACGCAACGAUUCGUACAUCCUAACUUGAAAAAAAACGAAUUUUGUUAGUCGAGAGACACAAAAAUACUCGACGACGAUAUGCGCCGUUAGAAUGCUGCUUAACAUUGUGAGGAUUUAUCUGAGCGAUAAUAGCGAAAAAGAAAAACAUGAUUAGUGAUAUGUUCACGAAGGUACGUGCAAAUUUGUUCAACAGUAGAACUGUUAAGUAGAAUCCUUUGUGUUGAGCUGAAGAAAUAAUUGGAAAAAAAUGUAAAUAUACAUUGAUAAAUAGCGCGACUCUCAUAGAUUAGACUCUUUAUUUUUCUUCGUGAUUCGGUCGGUUGCGAAUUGUAGCAUUUUUGAAAAAUUCGUCAUCACCGGGAACAAAUGCAAAAUGCUUCCAAUAUCUCAACAUAUUUCCGUCACGAAGUAUCGCAACAUUCAAUGACAAGGCUUUUUUUCUCUAUCCGUUCGAUUUUUCUCCAUUUUAUUAACUACUAUUUACACUGCCAUUAUUGUAGUAAAAAUAAUUCGCGACAUUUAUUGAUUAAAAAACGAGCCACCCAGAUGAUAAACCGAGUGGAUCGAACGAAGAAUUCAAAGGAAAAAAAAAAACAAAAACAAAACAAAAAAAAACGAUCUUGUAAAUAGUUUAGACGUACGAUUUACGAGGACCUGUUGCCAAUAUUCAAAUUGUACAUAGAAAGUAAAUGAGUCAACGGAUAAUUGGCCCCAAAAUGAAUUUUUUUUGUUUUUUUAUUUUUAUUUUUAUUUUUAUUUUUUUCGUAAAAAGUGAACAGAACAUGCAUUAGAUAUAUGAAUAUAUAUAAAAACCUUAUUAUAAAUCGAGUGGAGUUUUGAAACUCCCUUCGAAUAUUCUGUUUUUCGUGACACCGUCAAAUUGAUGUCUGGCUCUGGUUUAAUCUCGAUUUUUAUUUGUUAUGUUUAUCAUGUAGUCGAAAAUCGAAAAUGUUUGACGUUAUUAGAAUUUUAUAUAACGAUUGAAUAAUCGAGCGAGUCGUUCAAGUUCCGUUGAACGAUCUUCCUUCGUACGACUGCCAAUCCAAUCUUCGGAUAUUUUGUGGUUUACUUUUUGCUUUCUAAAAAAAACAGCGUGUCGUAAAACAAUAAUUUAGCAAAUUGAGUUGGUGACCAUCCGAUCACUGAAACUCUGGUCAGUUCAUUUGGUUUUCCCACUAAAUUCUCGUACGCUGGAUUGAGGAAAAGUAAUCUAGAAAAAAGAGCAAUCGUCGAUAAAGAGUUGAUUUAAAAAAUUAUUUUUGAAGAUUAAACUUCGACGAGAUUGCCAUCGUGCUUCAGAUUUUUUGCAGACUCGAACAAUCAGGACGCACGCGUGUACUCUGUCCAUGCUCGAUAUGUUUAUUUUUUUCGUUUUCGAGUACCUGAGCAAAGAUGUGACGACUCCGAAUCCUUACUAGUUUUGUGAUAUUUAUUACUUUUCGCUUGUUUCGUUAGCUCUUUUCGUCGAUCCAUCGAUCGAUCAAUCUCAUUUGAACGAAUAGUUCAUUCGUUUUCCGUACUUUGACAGAAUAUAGAUAAGAGAAGAUUUCUCCUUUGUGGAAGGUGAAUGGACUAUCAAUAGUUGUGAUGUGUAUAAUUUUGUCUUUGUUUUUACAAUAUGAUUUUCUUCCACCAUAGCGCGCAAAAUAAGAAAUGAAAAUAUUGUUUCGUAUUAGUUUAUCAAUAAAAUGUUAUAGUGUCUCUCUCA